ACCCCACUUUCUUCUAAUUCUGUUCAGUUUUCUUUGUUUUAAAGACUGUACACUAAAGCUAACCAAAAAAUGCUCUCAAGAGUAAACAGUAUGGUUUGGAAUAUAAAUGGUAAAGAAGAAGAAGAAGAAACAGCUUCUUGGGCUCAAAACAAUCCUACAACCAACAAAGAUGAUAUUGAAAUAAGUGCACUUUCUACAUUCAAAUCCAUGCUAGAUGGUGCAGCAGAUGUAGACUGGUUCAUGUCCAGUAACAAUCACAACAACAUGCAAAACCAAAACCAUACUGACAUUUCUUUUACCCAAAAUUUCACUGAAGCUGAAAACAAUAGUAACUUGCUUCUACAGCCAGUAGAUUCCUCAUCUUCAUCUUCAGUUUCUCAUGUUUUCAACAAUCUUGACCCAUCUCAGGUACAUUUUUUCUUAGCCCAAAAAGCCAUAACCCCUAUGUUAACUGCUUUAUCUAACAACCCUUUGGACAGUGGCUUUAAUUUGGGUUGUGAAAAUGGGUUUCUUGAAAAUCAAGAUUUGGGUGGUUUGAAUAAAGGUGGGAUUUUUGCUGGUGGGUUUCAAGAUUUGAGCUCAUUAAACCAAAUAGGCAACCCCAAUUUGAGUUCUUGUACUCAAUUCCCAUCAUCCCAUUUGCUUCAAUUGCCUCAAAAUAGUGCCACUGGGUUUAGUCCACUGGGGUUUAGUGAUGGUUCUGUUAGUGAGAAUUCUAUGUUUCUCAAUAGGUCCAAGUUGUUAAAACCACUUGAUAAUUUUGCUUCAAUUGGAUCACAACCAACUCUUUUCCAGAAAAGGGCUGCUCUUAGGAAGAAUUUAGCUAAUAAUAGUGGCAGUUUGGGGGAUUUUGGAGGUGAAAUUGGUGAGAAGGAAGAGGGUGGGAAGAAGAGGAAAUGGGAUAAUGGGGAUGAACUUGAAGAUGUUAGUAUUGAUGGUUUUACAUUGAAUUAUGAUUCAGAUGAGUUUGUCGAAAAUUGUAGUAAUAAGGUGGAGGAUAGUGUUAAAAAUGGUGGAAAUAGCUCAAAUGCAACUAGCACUGUAACUGGUGGAGAUCAGAAAGGGAAGAAAAAGGGACCACCAGCCAAGAAUUUGAUGGCUGAACGUCGACGUAGGAAGAAGCUAAACGAUAGGCUUUACAUGCUGAGGUCUGUUGUUCCAAGGAUUAGUAAGGUAAGAAAUUCUUUUGCAUCAAUUUCUCGUGAAUUCUUAUGUGAUUUUAACAUGUUUUAGCUAUUCACAAUCAUC